CCCCGGUGUAAGGUAUCCUGCGUCCUGCAUCUGCCUGUCCACUUUCUAUUUUCCAUUUAUUUUACUUAUCAAAGCCCGUCACCUUCCCACUCCCAUUCCGCCCCUCCCCUCGUACCUCGCCUCGCUUCGCCAUCCAUUCUCCCACAAUUCAACUCUUCUUCAUCUGUCACCCAAAAAUCUACAUCAACCAACAACCUCACUCUACUCUCCCCUACAACUAAACCGUUACUACACUUCUCCAGCAACCAUCCUUCGACUUUUUGGAUUUUGUCUACCACGACUACCUAAAUCGACGACUCUCAACACUUCAAUUUCUUGUUUGUGUUUACUCGCUCCAAUUAAUCCCGCACCAACUCCGGCACGCACGCACAACCGCGACUCACAUCAUGUCUGCAUACUACCAUUACAACGCCCACCCAGCGCACCCCGCCCCCGUGUCGCACAACCACCAUGGUGGCCGAAAUCGCAGAGCUCCCCGUCUUUCUGUGUCCCAACAAGCUCAACGCCAGUUCCGCGGUGUCCGCAGCAUGAAGGAACUUAACGAGACUGCUUCGCUCACAGCCUUCCGAACCAAGUUCGAGACCAGUCGAUCCUUUGACCUUGAAGAUGAUAUGGAGUUCUGUCCUGGUCUGUUGACCGAGACUGACUUGGUCUCCAUCUCAAGCGCAUCUGAGCGUUCCUCAUUAGCCAGCAACUCUCCCGACUCUUCUCCUACGCAACAUCCCAACACCGUUGCUCCUGGCUUCUCUCUCAACUCAACAUCUCCCGCCUUCAUUCCUCCUGCCUACCAGCAACAGCCCAGCAUGAAGCUUCAUCAGCCCUCCGCCACCCGUGGUCGUAAUGCCAUUCCAAUCAUUAACCCCGCUACUGGCAUUACCAUGUCGAGCCCUCCUCAGUCAGUGUCGCCUGGCAGGAUGCAACAGUCGAUGCGUCGGUGGUAAACCGCACCAGGUCGCUACCCAUGCACUCGCAUGGGUCGAUCAGUGUGUCGUACCACCGGCGAUGCACCUUGAACUGUAAUUGCUACCGUUCGUUCUUGGCAGCUGUUCAUCUUGGCGGGCAUAUUGACCUAUCGAGACUUGAUCUUGGCAUCAUCUUAUCAACUGGGCUGGUUUCCUCUUAAGCUUUUGAGGCCGAUCGCUUGACGCGAUUGACCUCACUGUUGGCGACAACAAUUUCGACAACCAUUCACUUUUACUAUCCCCCUGUAUAAACAUCCCCUAAUCGACAUACCUCUUGUUUCACCGACAAGUUUAUGAGGAUAAUACUGGCACGGCAUGAUAAAGAACGAUACCAUUUUCGGCUUGGUUACUUUGUUAAUUUUUGCAACAAAUCAAAUACCUAGGGUUGGGUGUCCGCCUCGCAAGAUGGGGCUACAAGACACGAACGGGCGUUUUCUGCAUUUUAAGACAUUGCAUAGGUGUUGGGCGGCACAAUAAUCGGACUUUCUCGGCAUCAACUGUUUUCAUUUUAUAUGGAAGGCAUGGGUUGGCCUUUCCAUUCAUACCAAAAUGUCUUCUCUCAUCGCGGUCAUGGGCUAUGAAGUCAACAAGAGAAAAAGAACAACAUAGAAGGGAGUGCUUUUCGCAAGCGGGGUCUUUAUCGGUGUUAUUUGAUCGGUCGCAUCUUGGAAAUAUCUUUGGGCGGUGGUCAGGAUCGAGACGAACGGUGUUUUUGCGACAACUGAUAUCCCAUUACGGGACGGAAAUCUGGGAAAUUACGGGGAGUUGGUCGAAUUUUUGGUGUAGUCCCGCUGCUGCAAUGAACGGGAACGAAAAGGUUCACCCUUGCCCAUUCUUUUCUUUGUAUCAUCUUGGGACGGCCUAUAUAUUUGUCCUCUUUUUGUUUUCUUGUUCAUGGUUUAGGCCUGAGUGCCAUAGCCGGUGCUGGUCUGCCUAGUGUUUUUGGGACCGGAGUAGCUUUAUACUUUGGAGCGUUGUUUGGUUUGCCCGAGUCCUGGUUGGACGGGGGCUUCUUUUACAAUAUUUUGUCUCGCCUCGGCAAGCAUCUGGAGUGUUCAGGGGGCCUGGGGUACAUGUCAUGAUCAGAUUCAAAGAGAUUUGUUUUGGGAUUUGGGAGGCCCUCGAGCCUGGUGGUUUUGCAAUGCAGCGGUAGUCUGCAUGUGUGGCUAUUGUUAACUGGGUAUUGGCGCUGUCUGGUUGCGACAACGCGGCUUCAGCGCUGCAAGACGAGAAUAUACGAAUGUUUAAAUA